AUGGAGCUAAAAUUAAAGUAUAUAAAGAGGAUGCAGAAGUAAUUGGAUAAUUUGAAUGUGAAUUAUUGGGAGCAGCAUGGAAUCCUAAUCAAGAAUAAUUGGUAGUUGUUUGUGGAGAUGGGAAAAUGGUUAGUUUUGAUAUACAAUUAGAACCAACUAAGGAAAUAAAUAUAGAAGGAAUUUUUGAUCAAUUAGUUUGAAUCUCAUUUAAAAAUGAUGGAAAAGUAUAAGUUUAUAUUAUUAUAUAUUAGUAUUUUUCAUUAAAUUAUGCAAUUAAGGAUUGUAGAAUAUGUGAAACUUAUGAUGUAUAAUUAGAGAAAUUCAGAAGUCCAAGUUAAUCAGAUCCUGAAGGAGGAUUAGUAUAAGCAAUAUUUGAAAAGCCUAGAAAUCUUGUAAAUACAGUUUCAUGGUAACCUAAUAGUUAAUUUAUUGCUGGUAUUUAAGAGAAAUAAGUGAUAUUUUGGGAGAAGAAUGGAUUGAGACAUUUAGAAUUCAAUAUAUAUUCGAAGAGUCUAAAAAUGUAAAAUGGAGUCCAGAUGGAAUAAUUUUGGCAAUUUAACAAGACAAUAAAAUAACAGUUUAUUUAAGAUAGAAUUAUAAAUGGUAUUCAAAAAGAUCAUUUAAAUUUGAGAAAUUAAUUGAUUAUACAUUUAUUGAGAAUAAUACUUUAGUAGUAUUUAAUGAUAACAAUAUGAAUAUCUUUUGGUUAAAUUAUCAUAUUAAUAAUACAUCAAUUGGUUUAUCAACUGACUAUGAUACUCUAUUAGUAAGUGAUUAUAAAAAGGGAAUUAUUUCACCACCUUUAUCUUAUUAUUAAUUAAAAGUGGUGGAACUUUGAGUAUUUUUGAUAUUGUUAAUUAAUUGGGUAAAGUCAAAUUAAAUAUUGAUUGUGCUCAUAAAUUGAUUUGUUAUACAGAUUAAUAAAAGGAUGUUAUUUUUUGUCAUACAAUUUUUAUAGUACAUGAGACAGAAAGUGAUAAAAUAGUUGAUGUUACUAUUUCACCAACUUUUGAGAUUAUAAAUAAAUAGAGAAAAGAGUUCUCUUAAUCAACAUAAUUUCAGCAUUGACUAAAAAGGGAGAUUAAAUAAUAUUACAUUCAAGAUUUGGAGAAAAGUUUAUUUAUGAUUAAUCAUAAGAAGAAAGUUUAAAUGAAUUUGAUUUGGCAAAUAAAGAAUAAAAUGUAUAUGAUAUCAAAAUCUAAUAACAUAAUGAAUGGCUUGCUUGUUUGAAAUCAAAUAGUAGAUUAACAUUAAACAAUUUAUUAGUUUCUAAUGAAUGUACAUCAUUUGCAUUUUUUGAUCAUUUUCUAGCGUUUACUAUUAACGCAACUGAUCAAUUCCAUAAUCUAUAUAUACUAGAUCUUCAUAAGCCUAUAACAAUUGAUAAAAAAAGUUUGAGUAAUAGUAAUAUUGAGAGAGGUGCUAAAAAUUUUAGCCAUUGUUUCCUAGAUAGACUUAUUGUUUUAAAUUCCAAGAGGCAAUUUAGAAACAACAGCUCCAAGAGUUAUGGCAUUACAUUUAUGCAAAUAAUUAUAUGAUAAUAAACAAUAUAAAACUUGUUUUGAAAAUAUUAGAAAAAAUAAACUAGAUAUGAAUCUAAUGUUUGAUUUCUCUGGAGAAAUCAUAUUUAAAUCAUAGAAUAAUUAUCAGAAUAAUAUCUAUAACUCUUUAUUCAAUCUCUAAAUAAUGAAAUAAGUUUUGAACUUCCAUAUGUAUUGA